CAAAUUUUUAUGACUGUUACAAAUAAUUCUUCCACAUAUUUACAAACUCGUACCUUUUCUUUAUCGAUAUGAUUUUUAUUUAUUUGAUACUUUUUCCUUGUAUUGUUAGAUGUGAACAUAUCGCCACACACGCGGUUAAAGAAAAACCUAACUUGAAAAAUGAGACAGCAGGGCCGGACGUUGUAGAUGUCAAGUAUUUUUACGAGACCUUCUGUCCAAAAUGCAUCAAAUUCGAGAGGCAGUUCGAAAAUGCAAUCAAUUUAUUGAGUACUCGCCUUUUUAUUCAGACUUACCCCUACGGAAAAAGUAAGAUAACAUUAAAAAAUGGUAAAGUGUUCAUUAAAUGCCAGCACGGACGUAAAGAGUGCUACGGCAAUAAGUUACAUGCGUGUGUUCUCAAAUAUUUUUCGAACCACACUGAAGCGGUGCUCUUCAACAUUUGCAUGAUGCACAUCAACGGGUCUAAUGAUGCAACGGCAAAGAAGUGCUCACAAAAAUUUAACGUGAAUGUUAAUCCAAUAUUGAAAUGCGCCAAAGGCAUUGAAGGCGUCCACCUGCUGAAGUAUUAUGGUGAAGAAAGCAGGAAAGCAAAUUUCGAACGCAUUCCAUUCGUGCUAGUGAACGGGGCCCAUGUUCGGUGGAACGGCAGCGACUUCUCACGGGUCCUGUGCGGCGAGUUCAAACAACCUCCGCCGAAUUGUUCCAAGAUUAGUUUGAGAGGAAUAGAUAAUCACAACGGCACAUUAGGCAACGGAACUAAAUUGAUGCACUACAAAAAUGUUUAAUCAUCAGUGAAAAAAACAUUUUUGUAUCCAAAGUUCAAAUUAAUUAAAACAGGGGUUUAAGCCAAGCUGAAAGUAGAAAAUGCGUUUAAUUGUACAUUGAAAAAAAUAUUCUAGAAUACUUAUUUUUAAAUAUUAUAUAUAAUUUUAGAGACAUACCUUGUCAGUAAUAAUGGAAUGGCUCUUGAUGUUUACGCAUGAUUAAAAAAAAAAAUCUAUUACAUUUACGGUGGGUAAGCUUUCUUUUGAUAUCUCAAUAAUUUUACAUUAUAUUUAGGCAAAGUUUAUGUUUUAGAGUUAGAGUUUUAGAAUCUAAGUUUUGCCUAGUCUCUGUUAUUUUUACAUCAUAGUCGAGAUAAAUCCUAUAAAACCUGCCGAUAUGAUUGCAAUAGACCCGAGCGGGACACAUACUCGUAUAGCUCCUAUUAUUCCCAUCAAACCGAGCGUCCGACAUCACAAAGAGAAUCGAUUUGUAGCAUAUGAUAGCUCGGAAGUGUUAGAAUUGGAAGCCACGUGACAGUGUAGUCGUAACUUGAUAGCCCAGGUUUUACUAGACUACUAACUAUAAAAAGACAACAAAUUAAAAAAUACAUAAGUAAUAAGCUAUCUUCGUUCAUAAAUUCAGUCGUUAGAUAUGAAAUAAAAGAAGUAGUAUUUCUCAGACAACAUUUAAAGUUAACAAAGAAAAGUUGUGUCUUAAAAUUAUUGCUAAAACUUACAACCAGGCGUUAAGGAAAGUACAAAGUGGUGGUAAUGGUAUAUCUACGGAAUUAAAACUAUUUUAUAUAAGUAUGUACGGUUGGUAUAUAUAUGUAAAAUUAAGUAACUUUAAAUCAACUAAAUAAACAAACAAAAUUAGCUUAAUAAAGUCGACGAAUUACUGAGCCA